AUGGCGCCUAGGAUGGCUGCAACUGCUAAUGGGCAUACGGCCCUUCAGAGCCCUUCAAGUAAUGUCUCACCAGAGACAUCUCCAUCCCUACAGCCAGACAUCUUCAAUGCCAGCUCCGUCGCCGAGAUCAAAGCCACGCUGUCCCACCUCCACACCCAAGAAGCGUCCGUGACUGCCCGCCUCGAUGCCCUAGUGACAUCCCAGAAAGACCUCUCCCGUGAGCUGGGCCGUCUGGACCUGAUGCGCGCCAAUAUCGGCUCCCACGCCACCACCACCCGCUCCAUCAGCCAUGGAAUGCUCUCCGAAGCCGCCGGCACCGCCGACCGCAUCUCCAGCGCGGUCCGCCGCCUGGAUCUCGAACAGGCACGAGUGAAAGCUACACUGGAGGUUGUUGAGCAGGUCGCCGAGCUCAAAGCGUGUGCGCUGGGUGUGGCAGGAUCCAUGGGUGCGCCCCAGGACUGGGAGAAAGCCGCCAGCUACCUGCACCGCGCAGCGCAGAUCCCAGCGACGGUCGUCAAUGGCUCCUUUGCUGCGGAGAUGGUUCCCACGGCUGAGGUCCCCGAUCCCCCAAGUGUGACUCUGGAUAACGCCGCGGAGUCGCUGUGCGGGCUGUUCCUGCGUGAGUUUGAGAAGGCAGUUAAGGAGAACGACGGCGCCAAGAUCACCCGUUUCUUCAAGCUUUUCCCGCUCAUCGGUCGCUCCGAGGUUGGACUCGAUGUUUAUGGUCGUUAUGUGUGCCAGGGCGUGGCGGCGAAGGCUCGAGCUAACCUCAAUGGAGCUACAGGGGGUGUCCAGACCAAGGAUGGGUUCUUCUAUGCCAAUGCGCUUACCAAGCUGUUCGAGCAUAUCGCGCAGAUUAUUGAUGGCCAUGGUGGGCUAGUUGAGCACCAUUAUGGCCCACGGAAGAUGGGGCGAGUCAUUGAACGGUUGCAAGUCGAAGCCGAUGUACAGGGUGGUAUCAUUCUUGAUACCUGGGGCGAUGAGCGACAUGUGGAUCGCAAGUUGAUGGAUAUCAAAUCCUAUGCUUUCACUUUCUUGGUCCAGAGCUUCCUGCCUGCCCAGAGACCAGGUCCACCUCGGGCACAGUCACCCGCCAUGGGAGCAAGCGUUGCCGCCGACGAAGAAGGAGUGGAUAUGAAAGAAAUCGACGGUAUCCUGAAUGAGAUGGCUAUAAUGCUAGGCCGCUGGUCAAUGUACUGUCGGUUCUUGGCUGAUACAUGUAAUUCUUCGGGUGAGAAUGAUACAGACGACGAGAAGCGAUUCGAGCUUCCCACCUUCUUGCAAGAGUCAUCCCUGGCCCAUAAGAUCAAUGAUCGCCUAGUGGCCCCAUUCAACGCAAUGACAACCUUCUUCUUCCGCCGAUCUGUCGAAAAGGCCUUCCAGCUAGACGAGUCCCCAUCAGGUCUCACGCUGAACCUGCAACGACCACUGAAAGCCCACCCACCACACAUCACCUCAGCCGUCGACGACAUAAUGUACAUCGUCAACAAAGUCCUCCAACAAUCCCUCGCCACUUCCCAAGAAGCCGUCGUGACAAACGUAGUCCCAACCCUAUCCCGCGUCCUUGGCUCCGACUUCAUCGGGAUGACCCAACGCAAAAUGCGCGACGAAUGCUACCCCCGAGCCCCAGUGCAAGGCGGCCAACCACCCGAACAAACCAUCAUCUCCUUCCUAGUCCAAAUCAACAACCUGGAUCUAGCAAUGGACUACAUCCGACGAAUCGUGCAAAACAACACGGGAUCCAAACUCCCCGAACCCAACGAACCCCAACCCGACCCCCAAGCAACCGAGCACCUCCUCACAAUCUUCCCAAACCGCACCUCCGCCCAGAACAUCCACCAAACCCUCCUCACCCUCUCAACCACCUUCUCCGGCAAAAUGACCGACCUCCUAACAGACGGCAUCCAAGUAAUCUUCAACAACAUCAUCAAGCCCCGCCUCCGCCCCAUCCUCGCCGACACCUUCCGCGACAUCGAAUACACCGACCAACCCGACUCAACCUUCGAAACCAAAGAACUCGUCAAACCACGCUUCACAACCUCCUGGGCCGACCUGCUCACCCCACUCGCCCGCAUCCUAACCCCAGCAGCCUUCGACCGCGUCCUCGGCGUGACAAUCGCAUAUCUCGCGCGUCUGCUCGAAAAGAGACUGUGGUCAUACCAUUCGCGGAUCAACGCGCUGGGCGCGGCAAGACUCGAGAGGGACGUGGCGGGGCUGGUAGGCGCAGCUGUCGACGUGGGGUAUGUAGCCGGUGGACCCGGGCGGUAUAAACACCGGGAGAGCUUUGCGCGGUGUGUGCAGAUGACGCUUGUGAUGGGGAUGGACGAGGAUGAGUGGGAGGAGGUGAGACGGGGUGGGGAGGCGGCGGAGGUGGUUGAUAAGCUUGGGCGGGAGGAUUUGUUUAGAGUGAGAGGGAUGGUGAGGAGGUGA